AUGUCCAUCACCACAUUCAUGGCCAUCAACCAAGGCAACCACGAGUUCCUCUUCUACGGCUUCACCCUCCUCCUCAUCAUCUACAUCCUCGUUGAACUCCACAGACGCGUCACCUUCACCAGAACCGCGCUCUGGUUGCUGACCAUCUGGGGAUUCCUCCACAUGAUCGGAGGUACAGUCCCAGUCAGCCCUGAGUUCGUACCCGAUGAAGGGUCCGCCGUCCUGUACUCCUUCCGACUCCGCCCCGACCUCCCCCGCUACGACCAGAUCAUCCACGCCUUCGGAUUCUUCAGCGCCACCGUCGCAUGCUGGGAAGCCGUCCGCGCCCUCUUGGGGGUUCGUCGAUCCGUCACCCUCUCGAUCAUCGCCGCGAUCAUGGGAAUGGGACUCGGCGCUCUGAACGAGGUCAUCGAGUUCAUCGCGACCCGGAUCACCGAAACCAAUGUCGGCGGAUACACCAACACCGGAUGGGAUCUCGUCAGCAACACGAUCGGGACCAUCUGCGCCGGUUUCUCAAUCUUCACCCUCGGCGUCGCCUGCGCCGCCAUCACAUCGAUGCCGGUCGCACAAGCACCGGCAUCGAACACCGACUUCGCAAACGCCGCUGGACAACCCGCGUCGAUCAAUAAAGUUCAAGCGAUCUCCAGCUUCAAAGCUCUCAAUCAGCGCUCUCACUUCGCGAUGCGCGAAAACGGCACCAUCGGUCGCGUCUACGGCAAAGCAUUCAGCCAAGGACAAACCGGCGCCAUCUCCGCACAGCGCUUCCUCGAUCAGCAUGUCAACAUGUGGGGCGUCGCACGCGAUGAAAUCGUCGCCGAAGGCCCAUUCGAAGACGCACGCCACACACAACAAAUCGGAUACGAGCCUGACUUCGAUACCUACAAGUUCACCGGACACUACUACCAGCAAAUCAAAGACGGCCUCCCCGUCUUCCGCUCAAAGCUCGUUCUCCUCACACGCAACGAACAAAACAACCCCCUCGUCCUAGCGUCCUCCGAGCUCCACGACCUGACCAACUUCACUGUUGAUCAGCAACUCAAGAACACACGCAUCAACCACGCCCGCAUCCUCGAUGCAGCACAAGCACAAUACAAGAAACCAGUCGUGCUCCAAUCCACCGAGCGUAUGGUCUACGCCGGAUUCGACGCAGCGCCACACGCGCCAGUCCUCGCAGACAUCUCGUAUGUCAUCGUUGACGGAUUCCAAGAGCACCUCGUCGUCACCGACGCCGCGACCGGCGAAAUCCUCUACACAGAGAGCCUCAUCUGCACCGUCGAUGUCACAGGCAAUGUCCAAGGCAUCUCCUCGACAGGCCCUGGCGCCGACAUCUGUGAAACAGAAGUCCCGAAUCCGAUCUCAGAUCUGUAUGUCAACGGACCUGACGGCGUCGCAGUCACCGAUGAGAACGGCGACUUCGUACUCACAAACAGCGGUUCAGGAAGCAUCUCGAUCAACUCCAACCUCCAAGGACCACACUUCGAGAUCAUCGACUUCCUUGGUUCAGUGCAAUCGGUUUCAGCGAAUGUCACCCCUCCAGGUCCAGCGAACCUUCAGUUCAACUCCCUGAACAACUCAGAAAACAUCCGCGCACAGGUCAACGCGUUCAUCGAAUCCAACCGCGUCUACGACUGGACCGUCGCCGCAAACCCUUCGUACCCAGGCACCGACUUCCAGAUGAAUGUCACCGUCAACCGCACCGAUGGAUUCUGCCCAGGCAACGCGUGGUACAGCCCGAGCGAGCAGUCGAUCAACUUCUGCCUCUCAGGAUCCUCCAACCCAAACACCGCAUGGUCCUCCGUCGUUCACCACGAAUACGGACACCACAUCGUCAAUCGUGGUGGUUCAGGCCAAGGUCAGUACGGCGAAGGAUUUGGUGACACCAUGAGCACCAUCAUCCUCGACGACAACCGCCUAGGACUCGGAUUCUUUGGUUCCUGCGGCUCUUCACUCCGCAACGCCGAAAACUCACUCUCGUACCCAUGUGAAACAGACGGACACGCGUGUGCAGGACUCCUCUCAGGAUGUGUCUGGGAAACCCGCAACGAGAUGGUCCUCGACGGCAUCUCCGACUACCAAGACAUUCUCAUGUUCCUCGCAGUCAACUCCGUGCUCGUCCACACCGGGACCAAUAUCAACCCAUCAAUCACCAUCGAUUGGCUCACACUCGAUGACGACGAUGCGGACAUCGGCAACGGCACCCCACACUACAACCAGAUCGCUGCAGGGUUCGGCGCCAAGAACAUGGACGCCCCACCAAUCAACGCACUCGCAAUCUCCUUCCCAAUCGGUUUGCCAGAAGUCGUUGAUCCGAACGGCGGAACGAUGAUCAAUGUCAACAUCGAUAAUGUCGCAGGAACGCUUGAUCCAUCCACCGCAACCCUCAUGGUCGACACCGGAUCCGGAUACAUGCCGGUCGCGAUGUCACAAGUUUCUGGAAAUCAGUUCGAAGCCGCAUUCCCAGGCGCAACCUGUGGUGAUGAAGUCAACUACUACAUCACCGCGGACACGACAGGUGGAGCAACACAGAACUCCCCGAUCGGCGCUCCUGCCGAUGGAUUCUACCUUACCCGUGCUUCCUUCAGCCCAGCAGUCAUCGCGUUUGAUGACAACUUCCAGACCAAUAUGGGCUGGACCAUUUCAGGUGAUGUCACCACCAACGGCACAGGCCGCUGGGAACGAGCCACUCCAACAGGAGCUGGAACGCGUGGCGAACCCGCAAACGAUCAGGACGGAUCGGGACUCUGCUAUGUCACCGGCAAUGGUGGACCAAACGACAACAAUGAUGUUGACAACGGCUCAACCAUCCUGACAUCGCCAGUCAUGGAUGCAACGGGUGACACAACCAUUCUCAGCUACGCUCGCUGGUAUGACAACACACUCGGAUCCACACAAGACGACAGCUUUGUUGUUGAAAUCUCAGACAACGCAGGUGGGUCAUGGACAGUUCUCGAGUCCGUCGGACCUGCCGGUCCUGAAACCCAAGGCGGCUGGAUCGAGAAACAGUUCGCAUUGAGCGAAAUCCCUGGUUUCGAUUCCAACAGCCAGUUCCAGAUCCGCUUCACCGCAUCGGACAACGGCACCCAGGAUGUCGUCGAAGCAGGUGUUGAUGCCGUCAUGCUCGCCAAGCUCGACUGUGUAGACGACGCAUGCCCUGCAGACCUCACAGGUGAAGGCGACCUCAACUUCCUCGAUGUCUCUGAGUUCCUCGCACUCUUCGGUGCAGGAGAUCUCGCAGCAGACUUCACAGGAGAAGGCUCACUCAACUUCCUCGAUGUCUCCGAGUUCCUCGCCGCAUUCGCAGCUGGAUGCCCGUAA